AUGCAAAAAAAAGACAUUAGAAAAAUAUCUUAUCAUGAUUCUAAAUUAGAUUAUCCUUUAGUGCAAUUGGAUAAAAUCCAAGGAAAUCUUCUACCAACUGUAUUACGUACUUGUGGUUAUUUAAAAACAACUUUUUGUGUAAAAAGUGCUGGGACGUCUACUCGCAAAAUAGCCUUUACUUAUAUCACUGAUGGAACUCUAAAAUUAGAGAUUAAAAUUUUGGAUUACAUUGAAAAUGAUUUGCAAGGUCCAACUUAUGAAUGUUCUUCUUGUUGUCGUUUAUGGAUUAAAUCAUCAUUAAAAUUUUUUGUGAAAACUGAUUUAAAACAUUACGAUUUAUCUCAAAUACAUUUAACUAAUGUUAUGUUUGAAAAUGUUCGGCCUCAAGUAAUAAAGAAGGCUGCACUAGUAUUACAAGAUUCUGAAGUCUACCAACAUUGUAAAAUCACAUUAGAUUUUCACAGAGAGAAAAAUAGUACUGAUAAUAACAAUGAUAAUAGUUCAGAAAAAAAUUCUUCGGAAAAUAUUAAUAAUGUUGAUGAUAUCGAGGAUAAUUUAUCAGAUGAUAAUUCUGAAGAAGAAGAACCUGUGAACAUAGAAGAUGAAUCAACUCUUUUAAUGACGCAAGCUAUUGUCUUUGCUCCAGGAGAAGGUCAGUUACCAGUUUCAUUGUUUGAUAAAUACACUGAAGCAUUAAGUUUUCUAAAAAUUUAUGGGGGCAAGUUAAUUAAAAAACCUGAACAUAUAACUUAUCAAAAUUGGAUCAAAUCAGAAAUAAUGAGGUCAGAUCGACGAUGUGCUACGAUUAUUAAAUUAUUUUUCUCAGCUUUAAAACUUCGAACAUCAAAAAUCGCAUCAAGUUUUGUUCGAAAAAGAAAAAAAUCAAAAAUUAUUCGAUUUAUAAACUAUAACGAACAAAUAGAUAAAGAUAAUUUCAUUCGUGAAAAUGUAAUGUUAUUUGUGCCAUGGCUUUUUGAUGAUCCUACUCACGAAGGUGAUAUUGCUAUAGAUAUGAAUGAAAAUGGAGCUAAAAAUAAAAAAAAAGCGGAUGAUAAUAAAGAUGUUUAUUAUACGUCAAUACCUCGAUUGAUUUCGGAGGAAGAUUUUAUUAACUUACCUUGUAUUUUUAUAGCUACAGAGACGUGGAUAAAAAUUAAAGAUGAUAUUACAGUACCGGGUUAUGAAAUUGUUUAUCGUGUUAAUGUAGCAAAAACUCGAUUAUAA